CAGCCAUUACUUUAUUCUCACACUGCGGGUAGUCUAUGUACGAAGGAGGAUUCCUAUCGAAAUCGGCAGGUCGGUAGCACUUAUGCAAAUUUCCCAAUCAGAUUCCUGCUCCGCUGUCCCAGCUUGCUUCCUUUCAUUGCGAUAACCUGAGGUUAUCUGAAAGACAUGUUGGUCUGAGGAAUUUUAGUUCUUGAUGCCCGCAGAAUGACGUACUGGAUGUGCCCUCCCCCUAGUGUUAGUUCGUUCAUGUCUCCAUGAUGCAGAUGAGAGUAGGUCUUUAAGGGCCUAAAAGGUUGCCCUAAUUCCGAAUUCCCUAUGCUACUGCGCUUCUGGAUCACAAGGCCGAGAUGGUUGGAAUGGGAGCGCUAACGCUUGGAAUCCAACCCCUAGAAGCAUGUUGCUGGGUGAGUUUCUGGCGGGGCCCCAUGUCCGAGAUGGUUCGCGCAAAGAUGGGAAGGAGGUUCCGCCGUUUUACUCUCCUGCCGAGAACCCCCUCCGGGCCCGACAUUGUGUUUGUGCUGCGUUUUUCAAGACUGUGUGGUUAUUGUCUUGUGUUUCGUGCAGCUAAAGUUGCGGUCUUUCAUGAGCAGCGAGCAAACCCUGGUCGCGACCGAAUGUCACCUUGAACGAACUUGUGCAGCGCAAGAAGAGGACCCCUCUCUCCUCCUCCCCCAACGGAUUCUGCUCAGGGUCGACACGGACAACUUUAGUAACCUCUUCCUAGAAGAACACGUGCAGAUACUGAAUCUCCUCAAGCGCAUUCAUGAGAAAAUGGAUGAAGAUGAGUACCAAGCAAAGAAAGUCCCGCAUGGAUCUGACCAGCGUCCCUCUUCAGUGACGGUCUGAUAAAAAAAAACCCACUCGGAGUGGGGUUUUCAUCCACCUUUAGGUGCUUGGAAUAAAUGUUUGCGAAUCAAGAAACCUAUUGGUCCGAGGGCAGCAUAGUCUGUGCGACCGACAACAAAACAAAUAUCCAUGUCCCUCCCUAGACUUUGUGACCGAAAACUGAGCCUUCAAGCUUUUUUUUUUUUCAUCGACAAUUCGACAAUG